AGCAGAGGCUUUAGCUGCGCCUUAUGCAAGGAGCUAGGAGCGCAGCAGGAACCGCAGCACCGAGAGUCCCCACCCCGCAAGUGCCGUCUGACCUUAGCCCCAGACAGAAGCUCGCGCUAGUCACUUGUUUGCUCCGGUUGUUCCCAUGUUACCCUUUUGGGUAACGGGUGCUGCAGCUGGGAUUGUCUCCCUGCAUCUCAUCCAGAAACUCCUCUUCCCUUACUUCUGGCACGACCUGAAAUACCUGCUUAAAGUGAUAAAGUAUGGGCUGACCUUGGAGAUCUACAGGCUGCGAGGGAAGAUUUUCACGAUGCUGGACAGGUUUGUGAAACAAGCUGAAAGGCAGCCCAACAAGCCAUUCAUCCUCUAUGAUGGGGAUGUUCACACCUACCAGGACGUGGAUAGAAGGAGUAACAGGGUAGCUCAGGUCUUCCUGCAACAGGGAGCUCUGAAAAAGGGGGAUACGGUGGCCCUGCUGAUGAGUAAUGAACCCGACUUCAUCCAUGUGUGGUUUGGAGUGGCCAAGCUGGGCUGUGUGGUGGCUUUCCUCAACUUCAACAUCCGAUCCAUGUCUCUUCUGCAUUGUAUUAGCAGCUGUGAGUCCAAGAUACUCAUUGUGGGAGAAGAUAUGCUUGGGACAUUAGAGGAAAUUCUUCCCAGCCUCCAAAAAGAUAUUGGUGUUUGGGUAAUGACAAGAGACUGCACUCUGCCACGUGUUAAUACCCUUUUAGACAAACUGGAAGCUGCAUCUGAAGACUGUGUACCAGUUAAUCUCCGCUCUGCAAACAACCUCAAGUCCUCCGUACUCUACAUUUUUACUUCAGGAACAACAGGGCUACCAAAAGCUGCAGUUAUCACUCAUCUGCAGAUUCUAAAAGGAGCUGCUGGAUUAUGGGCAUUUGGUGCUACUGCAGAUGAUACUGUUUAUAUAACUCUCCCUCUUUACCACAGUGCAGCUUCUCUCCUUGGCAUCGGUGGAUGUAUUGAAUUGGGUGCAACUUGUGUCUUAAGAAAGAAAUUCUCAUCUAGUCAGUUCUGGAGUGACUGCAAAAAGUACAAUGUGACUGUUAUCCAGUAUAUUGGAGAACUUUGUCGUUAUCUUUGCAAUCAACCUGUGAAAGAAGGAGAAAAAGAUCACCAAGUUCGCUUGGCAGUUGGAAAUGGAGUAAGGAGUGAUGUAUGGAGAGAAUUUUUAGGCCGAUUUGGUGCCAUCAAGAUGUGUGAGUUUUAUGGGGCUACUGAAGGAAACAUUUGUUUCAUGAACCACACCGGGAAAAUUGGAUCUGUGGGACGUACUAAUUUCUUUUAUAAGCUUUUUUCCCCUUUUGACUUAAUCAAGUAUGAUUUUAAAAAAGAUGAACCAAUUAGAAAUAGGCAUGGUUGGUGUGAGAAGGUUAAGAAAGGUGAGGCUGGUCUUCUCAUUUCCAAAGUGAAUGCAAAGAAUCCCUUCUUUGGCUAUGCUGGGAGUAAGAAACAUACGGAAAAGAAGUUACUCUGCGAGGUGUUUAAGAAGGGAGACAUUUAUUUUAAUACAGGGGAUCUGAUGGUUCAAGACCAAGAGAAUUUUCUUUACUUUUGGGACAGGAUCGGGGAUACUUACAGAUGGAAAGGAGAGAAUGUUGCAACCACUGAAGUUUCUGAUGUCAUUGGUAUGUUGGACUUCAUACAGGAAGCCAAUGUAUAUGGUGUUCCUGUGCCAGAUCAUGAAGGAAAAGCAGGAAUGGUCUCUGUUAUUUUGAAGCCUAAUAAAUCAUUAGAUUUGGAACAAAUGUAUGAACAAGUUGUGGCAUAUCUACCAGGUUAUGCUUGCCCACUAUUUUUAAGACUCCAGGAAACAAUGGAAAUGACAGGAACUUUCAAACAACAAAAAUUUCGUUUGGUGAGAGAAGGGUUUAAUCCAUCUGCAAUCACUGAUCCGCUUUAUUUUUUAUACAGUUCUAAAAAAUCUUAUGUUCCAUUAACCAAAGAACUUCAUGACAAGAUCUUAUCUGGGCAGCUGAAACUUUAAUUAGCGUUAAAUUAUUAACAGAUUUGUUAACUACUUUAUAAGAAGCAACAAGUGCACUAAGUAAUACUUCUACGUAGUUUGUAUUCUUGAUAUUUUGCAGCCAUACCUUUUUUGAUUCAGAAGUUUUACUACACCUUUCAUUUUUCACCGUCACUGAACACUAAUCAUUUUAUACCUCCUGAAACACCAAAUAGUUAUAUUACUUAUAAAACAUGUUUAAAAUACAUCUUCUUUGUGAUAUAGAAUCAUAGAAUAUCAGGGUUGGAAGGUACCUCAGGAGGUCAUCUAGUCCAACCCCCUGCUCAAAGCAGGACCAAUCCCCAGACAGAUUUUUGCCCCAGAUCCCUAAAUGGCACCCUGAAGGAUUGAAGUCACAACACUGGGUUUAGUAGGCCAAUGCUCAAACCACUGAGCUAUCCCUCCCCUAUGUCUUGAACUUUUUUUCUAUAUCAGACAUGAAUGAAUGAUAUUUACAGAAAAAUAAUAAUAUACACAGAAAUAAAUUGUAUUGGAAAAAUAUACUAGUGUUAGUACUGUUGCUUGAGACUAACAUCUAUUUUACUGUAGUUAAUAGUUUUCCUGUACAUUUCAUAAAGCUUAAUGAUUAUUUAUAAAAUGUUAAAAUUAAAAAGGAACUAAAGAAAGAUAGGGAGAGAAACACAACAAACUAUAAUUUUCCUGCUCUAUGAAAACAUUGACUUAAGCUGCUUAGGUUCAAUACAUGAAAGGCAAACAGUGUACAUUGUUUUUAUCUCCUUCCUUCAUGGCAUCUGGAUCUUGGUUCUGUCCUCAUCUGAUUCCUAAUCCACUUACAUUCUGCAUCAUAUUUAAAUUCCCUGUCCACACCCGAGAUGCAAGUUUACUGCUCUAAGGGCAGGGGCGGCUCUAGACAUUUCGCCGCCCCAAGCACGGCGGCAUGCCACGGGGGGCGCUCUGCUGGUCGCCGGUCCCACGGCUCCGGUGGACCUCCUUCAGGCAUGUGGGAGGUCCACCAGAGCCGCGGGACCAGCGGACCCUUCGCAGGAAUGCCGCUGAAGGUACCCUGCCUGCCGCCCUCCCGGCAGCCGGCAGAGCGCCCCCCGUGGCUUGCCGCCCCAAGCACAUGCUUGGCGUGCUGGGGCCUGGAGCCGCCCCUGUCUAAGGGCCCAGUCCAAAGCCUUUGAAGGCAAUGGUGAUCACUCUGGCUUUUUCUAUUCACUUCUAUACAUGGGGGAACCAUCCCCCUUCCUGACCUUGUUUUCCAUAAUCCAAUCUUAAAUGCACACAUUCCUAGAGGCCUACAAAUCAUAACACUCCCUUCAAAGCAACAUCAACAAUAUAAAUAAGAAGAGAGUUGGACACCAAAAAACGCUCUUAACAAAACAUGGAACUAAUGAAAUGUGUGGCAGCAUCACUGCUCAACAGCAUGUCUUUUUGUUUGCAAUCUCGUCCUGUUCCUUCAUUUGUAUCUUUUCUCUUAAAAUUGUAAGCUCCUGAGGGAAGGGUGUACUGUCUUGUAAACUAACUAGCACAUUUUUGGCAUUGGAUAAAAAAUAUCCAUGCAUUGAUGUGCAUAGUCCUGGUCUGUUGGGUAGUGUCGCUCAGAUGUAGUUAGGACAAAUGGAUUGGAAGUCAUUGCCAGCUAAUGGCAAACAUUGUUCUUAAGACAUAAAAUAUAUAUAUAUAGAAAAUAAGAAUAUUAGCUCUUCAAAAGAUUCAUUUUAAUUAACCAGCGGGUACCUUGUUUUCUUAAUGACUGAUUGU